AAUAGCAUUUAGCAGAAUUUGGUCAUGACCUUAUGGUCACCCUAAUCAUGACCUUUGGCAAAAACUACGCCUCCUUCAUUUUUCAGUGGAUCAGCUGGAGUGUCCUUAGCCGCUGGUGAGUGCAUAUCGGAGUAAAUGAAUAACCAUGCAUCAUCCUGUGUCCAAUAUGAAUAACUCCAAGCGCAGAACUACCGUUCUAGCAGCUGAUGACACUGAAGGGAUUCACCCAACUGAUGAUCAGAGCGGAUUUUUUGCCAAAGGUCGAGAUUUUGAGAGUCGCUAUGUCAAUCACCAAUACACGGAACAGGAAAAAGAACUCCUUGCCAGCUAUGAGAGUGCUGAUUAUCUUCCAUCUCAUAGCCAUGUAUAUGAAAACUGGCUGAGACAACAGCCCAAAAGGUUGGAAUGGGAUCGAUGGGUUAUGAUGGGUCUGAUUGGCUUCUCUACUGGCCUGGUUGGAUUUUUGCUGCACCAAAUGAUCAGCAUCAUUUCAACAUUGAAGUGGGACAAUACUCAAGAAUAUCUCACUCGGUCUGGUCUGGCUUUGGCAUGGGUUUGGGCUACUAGUAUCGGCUUAUUGUUGGUCAUGUUUGGAAGCGCUAUGGUUGUGAUCCUCAGGCCUUCAGCUGCAGGAUCAGGUUUACCUGAAUUGAUUGGCUUUUUGAAUGGGACAUUAGUGAGACACAUAUUUAAUGUGAAGACUCUUGCUGUCAAGUUUGUAUCUUGCAUCUGUGCUGUAUCGAGUGGGCUGCCAGUGGGUCCUGAAGGACCAAUGAUUCACAUGGGAUCCCUGAUUGGUGCUGGAAUGAGUCAAUUCAAGUCUGACACUUUGAAGUUUGAUAUUCCUUUCUUUCAGAGGUUUCGCAAUCCUGAAGACAGGAGAAACUUCAUUUCAGCAGGUGCUGCAGCCGGUGUAGCUUCUGCUUUUGGUGCUCCUGUUGGAGGUCUCCUAUUUGCCAUGGAAGAGGUGUCAUCUUUCUGGAGUAUGAAACUAUCGUGGCAGGUCUUCUUCUGUUGUAUGGUUUCUACUUUUACCACUGACCUGUUCAACUCUGCGUUUCACAAUUUCAAGUAUCAAGGCCAAUUCGGUCUUUUCAAAACACAAAGUUACAUUAUAUUUAAGGUUCUUGAAAGUCUUGAUGUGAAUAUACUCAUGUUUAUUCCGACGGUUGUGCUGGGAGUACUUGGCGGUUUGCUUGGAGGAUUGUUUGUGUUCAUGAACUUGAAACUAGCAAGGCUUAGACGGGCUAUCAUAUCCAAGGUCAAACAACAUUGGAAAAAGAAAGCCCUUAAGAUCGUUGAACCCUGCCUUAUCAUAAUUUUAUUUUCUACUGCAAGUGUUCUGCUGCCUGCUGCAUUCAAUUGUAGCCCUUACUCGUGCUACCUAAGUGGAGAAAAACAAUCCCCUCAGUCCUACAGCCCUAGAUGUUUAGUGGAAGAAAAAGGUAGUCAGACUGAGGUGGAUGUCAGUUUGUACACAUGUUCACCUGGAAUUGUUAUCAGGGAUGAAAAUGACAGCAUUGCGUUCUCAAACAAAACCUUCAAUCAAGUUGCUACUUUGCUUUUUCUAACUGGUGAAGAAGCCAUUCAACAUCUCUUCUCAAGGCAAACUCACUGGGAGUUCAACUAUCUGCCGCUUAUGACAGUUUUGAUUUUGUAUUUUACUAUGGCUUGCUGGACAUGUGGCUCAAACAUCUCAUCAGGUCUCGUUGUACCAAUGCUAUUCAUUGGAGCACUGUAUGGACGGAUCAUUGGUAUGCUGCUAGUAUCUAUGUUUGGAGUGAAGUCCAUUACAACUGAUGAAUAUUGGGCUUGGAUGGACCCUGGGGCUUUUGCCUUAAUAGGUGCUGCAUCUUUCUUUGGAGGUGUGUCCAGAUUGACAAUGUCUCUUACGGUUAUAAUGAUGGAGAUCACAAAUGAUAUUCAGUUCUUACUUCCAAUUAUGGUGGCAAUAAUGAUGGCCAAGUGGGUAGGUGAUUUUGUCACUCAUCCACUCUACCAUGCCCUGCUUGAGGUCAAGUGUAUUCCCUUUUUAGAUGCCGAACCAGUCAUUGUACACGAGGGCAAGAGUGUCAACUUAGAACUAUUCAAGACCAGUGAUGCCAUGGCAAGCCCAGUCCAUGUGUUGCACAGCAAAGAAUCUGUCAGCACUAUUGCUCAGCUACUUCUAGACACUACUCAUGGUGGCUUUCCUGUGGUGAAAUCUGGCUCUGGUAUGGAGAACCAUCAGUUCAUUGGACUUAUAACGAGGUUAGAGCUGAGUGUCAUGUUGAUGAAUAGCUGUUUAUUUGAAUCAGCUGACUCCACUAGUGAAGAUCAACCAGAUAUAUCUCAACUUGAUUACCAAACAGUCAUGGCAGAGAAGCUUGUGGAUCCAGUUGCAGCUGAGCAGUUGUUUCAUACCUAUUGUGAAGACCCACAAUAUCAGGAUCUCUAUAUUAAUUUGGUGCCCUAUGUUAAUGUAUCAGCACCUGCAGUUCCACAGUACUUUUCACUCCACCGGACAUACAUCAUUCUGCGCACCCUUGGAUUACGUCAUCUGACUGUUGUUGAUGGUUACAACAAUGUUGUAGGCAUCAUUACACGUAAGGACUUGAUGGGUUUCCAGAUGGAGGAAAAAAUUGGGGCUGUGCUGGCCAACAGACUAGAAGGGAUUAGGUUGCCAAGUCCCUCAUCUGUGAAGUCUAAUGUGGAGCUUGAUGAGGUAACUAAUCAUGGAGGAAAUGCCUCUCAAUGUUGAACAGUACUCAUAAUUGUAAGAAAAUAAAUUUAGUAAUUGAGACAAUUUAUUAUAUAACUAAUAAGUUUGACUGAAGUAUUGUUCCAAGAAAAUAAAUUGAAUUUGUGGUAAAAGUUCAAAGAAAUCAAGUUGUUUUUAUAGGAAUAUCUUUCAUAUUCAGUGUUUCAAAUGUAUGUUGUUUUAAAAUACAUAUCAACUGGGGCCAAGUUCGGGCAAGGACCAUUAGUCGACUAGUGGUUUAUUUGUGACGUACCUUACGCCUGCGCACUAAUAGCAAAGUGCGAACGUCUCUAGUCGAACGCU